AUGUCUUCCGUUCCCCCCUCUCGCCAGGCUAAGCCACCUCCGUCGAAAGCGGACUGUCCUUCUCUUCCCUUGAACCCUUCGAAACUCGUGGAGAAGCUCGCGUUUGGGGAACAACCUAUUGAUAUCGAUAUCCCCGAUAACUAUGUCGCCUUUACUUUGAAGAAGGAGAGGGAGCUGCCGCCACUGUCCUGGUCGAACUUCUACACGCGCUUCAACUACGUGAGCUUGAUUGUGCUGACGGCCACGCCUGCUAUGGCAAUCUAUGGGAUGUGUACGACCAAGUUGAGGUGGGAGACGGCGCUGUUCUCUGUUCUCUACUACUUCAUCACUGGACUCGGCAUUACCGCAGGCUUCCACCGUUUAUGGGCUCAUCGCUGCUACAACGCCUCGAAACCUCUUCAGUACUUCCUAGCCAUGGCUGGCACCGGUGCCGUCCAAGGCUCCAUCAAAUGGUGGUCUCGCGGCCACCGCGCUCACCAUCGAUACACCGACACCGAGCUCGACCCUUACAACGCCCACUGGGGCUUCUGGUGGUCGCACGUCGGUUGGAUGCUCUUCAAGCCCAUUCGCAAACCCGGUGUCGCCGACGUCUCUGACCUCUCGAGAUCUGAAGUUGUGCGGUGGCAACAUCGGUGGUACCUUUGGUUGAUUCUGGCAAUGGGGUUCGGGGUCCCGACGGUCAUUCCGGGAUUAUUGUGGGGUGAUUGGAGGGGAGGGUAUUUCUAUGCGGGUGCGGCGAGGUUGGUGUUUGUGCACCAUUCGACGUUCUGUGUGAAUAGUUUGGCACACUGGUUGGGAGAGGCACCUUUCGACGACAAGCAUACGCCGAGGGACCAUUUCAUUACUGCGCUUGUUACAGUUGGUGAAGGAUACCAUGGCUUCCAUCAUCAGUUCCCCAUGGAUUAUCGCAACGCAAUAAAAUGGUACCAGUAUGACCCUACCAAGUGGUUCAUCUGGGUCUGCUAUAAGUUGGGUCUCGCCUCGCAUCUGAAGACCUUCCCGGAGAACGAGAUACGCAAGGGCCAACUUACCAUGCAGCUCAAGCGCCUGCGCGAAAAACAGGAAAACAUCACCUGGCCUGAGGAUGUCGAUGACCUUCCCGUUAUCUCGUGGCAGUCUUUCCAAGACCAGUCUGAGACGCGACGACUUGUCCUCAUUUCCGGCUUCAUCCACGACGUUGGCUCCUUCAUCGACGAACAUCCCGGUGGUGCCCAUCUCUUGAAGAAAUACGUCGGCAAGGAUGCGACGACGGCCUUUUUUGGAGGCGUAUACGACCACUCGAACGCAGCACACAACUUGCUUUCUAUGCUGCGUGUCGGAGUUCUUCACGGUGGUCAUCCUCAUGCGCUCGACGAUAAACACGUUCCGCCUGCACAACGUCUUCGCGUGGCGACACGGUGGGAGCUCAACAACCCCUAUAGUUCGACGGAGAGCGAUGAGGGGUUGUUGGGUUGAUGAUCGGAAUCUCGUUCGCUCCAGUCAUUAGAGGCGUUUCCUUCAUGUCAUACGUAUAUCGCGGGGAUGAGUUGCAUUAUAGAACCCCCGCUCCAUUUAUUACGUUUUAUUUCUUGCAGAUGUUCUUGAGAACGGCGUGUACUGUAUUGGUGUCAAUUAUUUGUAAACAAACAUGAAAGAAAUUUUUCCGUGUCUCGUCAAGGCACUUGGACUAUUUU